UACGCGAGCGGUGACGCACGGCCCGCGACGCACGUGCGGGCGCAGCGAUCAGCGAUUCGUACGAGCGCGCCGCGGAAUCGAUCCCCCAAGUAGCGGCGCGUCUUCCUCCACCUCUCCCCCGCCGCCGUCGCCACGGUUUUUAACGCGGCCUUUAAUGCGCCGCAAAAACGAGCGCGCCGAACAUAACCUCCGACGCGGUACCGUGCACGCGCCGCGCGGCGUAGUUCCUUUUUUUUUGUUUGCCUCCCGGCCGGGAUUUUAUCGCGCGUUAAUUAUAUUUUUAUCGCUCGUCGUCCCGACUCCAGUGCUCGUCCGCCUCUGUCCGCCUCCGCGCGCGCGGCGAAGCGCGAGACCGAAAGAGGGAACCGAACUGCGCACCGUCGUCGUCGUCGACCGUCGUCGUCAGUCGUCAUCGAGGACGUCGCGAUCGUGCCCCGCAGGAAACGAUCGAUACUUUCAAGCCUUCCUGGACUGGAGCGUCGCAUCGUGCGGGAACGUGGACGAUGAUGCGGGAUGGUUAGGGGAUACCGUCAGUUUAGGGGCGGCACGGCGGCCUGCAAUCGGGGGAUGUCGUACGGACGGCGCAGCACGUAGGUGAAAUGUCUCGCAGUCUGCCGGACAGGGUGGCCGGGGUCUACUAUGCCCACGGCCUAUUCUGCUCCUCCCAUCCCAUCGCCGUACUCUCGCUCGCGAUAUCGGUUCUCUUGCUAUGCUGCUACCCGCUUGUCAAUCUACCCAUGCCGGGCAAUGCCCCGAAAACCCUGAUCAACAACACUGUCCUACCGGCGAACGGCACGGAGACCUCGGUGCUCUACGUCCAACAAGUGGUGCUGAGAAUCGGAGUGAUGCCGUGGAACGAGGACCUGACGCUGAUGGACGCCUUCAGGGGACCCCUCUACGAAGUGUUCAAUCUCUUGGAGAUCAUACGGAACUAUCAGCAUCCAGAAACAUUGAAAACACUUGGCCAGGUGUGCCUGCACAUUGAAGCGGUGAAGAAAAGAAACGGCAAGAAGGCCGAGGUUUUGCCGGAGUACAACUGUCUUGUUCUGUCGCCCGCAAAUCUCUGGCAACAAAGUAUAGAGUUAUUCGCUCAGGACACAAACCUCAUUAAUACAAUAUUUUCGUAUCAGAAUUUUCAGAGGGGAAAAAUAAGUCUCGCGGAAGUGAUGUUUGGAAUGAAUUUAAAGGAAACAGGAGUGAAACGGUAUCCCGCUCGAGUUCGUCAGAGAAUCCUCCAAUAUGCCGUAACCAUUUAUUUGAAGAAAUACGAUCAGGAAUUCAUAAAAGGAUUGCAGCACCGACUGAGAACCUAUUAUCCUCUGCAUCAAAACGCCGACAACGGCACGGACGUUGAUGCGCGCGGUGAAAUAUUGAAUAUCUUCUAUCCCGGUGAAUUCAAUUACAGUGAAUUCUUCCCGCUGAUGAUGACUUCCCUAGCCUUAUUUUUCUACGAGUACUUCCAAGUGCGGAAGAUAGAACUGGUAAAGUCUAAAAUUGGCAUUGCAUUCAGUGCCAGCGUGACGGUGAUGGGCUCGCUGUCAAUGACCGUGGGUGAGUGUUUCUUCUUCGGUCUAACACUGAACAUGAGUGCCAAGGAGGUGUUUCCGUACUUGGUGAUUAUCUUCGGACUCGAAAACGUUCAGGUGUUGACUAAGAGUGUCGUCAGCACGCCCGCCCAAUUGGACGUGAAAAUACGCGUCGCUCAGGCUUUAUCUAAGGAGGGAUGGUCCAUUACGAAGAAUCUACUCACCGAAGUGACGAUCCUGACUAUCGGGCUAUUCACUUUCGUCCCUGCUAUCCAGGAAUUUUGCAUAUUUGCCAUUGUUGGACUGCUGAAUGACUUUUUCCUGCAAAUGGUAUUCUUCUCGACGAUCCUGGCGAUCGACAUCAGACGAACGGAGCUGUCCAACGAGAAUUCCAAGUUUCACCUGUCGCACAUUCAGACAUCGCGCAGACAACAGUUUACCACCACCAUUACCAACAGGAAGCCUCAUAUAUUCCGCUCCAAGUCUCAUCCGAGAUUGAACGGUCUGUCUACCGGCCCGACGAACGUUAUCGCUCCGAAUACGCAGAAUACUCACACUCUGGCAAAAAUCCCUAAGCGUUUAAGACUGGUGCAUUUCUGGGCGCGGACGCGAAUUUUCCAGCGCGCAUUUAUGGUAGGGAUGGUCGUGUGGAUCAGCAUGACCAUUAACGAUUCUGGUAUCAUCGAGCACAUAAUACACCUUAGCGAGACGCUGAAGCCAGAAACUGACAUUGACGGAUAUACGGUGGACAAGCCUCAGUCAUUAAACUAUGUCGAGCUAAAUACGGCAACACCUAUGUCCAUAUCGCCCGCAACCAUAGCCCCGAUUAAUUUAAAUGAACAGGCUCUAACUAAUAACGCAACAGAGGAAUUAAACAAGUUAAGACCUACGGAUUUCCCGCCUUGGAAUAGCUUAUCACUGUAUCAUUGGUCUUCGAUUCUCUCAAUGUACAAUGUGUCGAUUGCCGGUGGUCGAGUGACUAUAUUACCGACGAUAAAGUUAUCGCACGCAGUGAGCCCGCAAUUAGCAAAACAAAUUAGUAACCCAAAUGACAUACAACACUUUCAGUGGCAGAGUCUCGCUACCGCCGCGCUCGAUCCUCUAGAUUUUUCAGAUAUGGAAGUUCCGUCGAGAUCGGAAGGGCGCGUAUUUAAUACGGAUGCGCCUUUUGUACCGUCGAGUCCGAUGGAGAUAUUUCUGGCGGCUCUGCUGUGUCUUAUUAGCGUGAUCGUGGUCGCUUAUACGAUGGUCGUACUGUACCGUUGUAUCUGCACGAGAAAUUACGCGGAGUGGCGAGCCAGCUGGCACCAGCAAGAAAAGACGCACGACUCCGUAACUCAGUUAGUGCUGGAGGCGGUGCCGCUGGUUUUGGAAGGUCAUACUCAGGAAGUGGAAUGUAUCGCGACGGACGGUAACACCGUGGCUAGCACGUGUUUAGCGGGACACAUCAGGAUAUGGGAUUCGACGUCCGGCGAGCAAUUGGCGCAUAUCGAUAGACGACAAUUCUUCAGCGGUCCACAGAAAACGUUGAGUCAAAUGUCGCCGGAUGCCGACGAGUUGAUGUCGGAUUACGAAAGCGGCUCGCCACCUUCCAGAGGGGAAAUGGAGGCGGCACAGUCGAUGGGAUUUUAUUCACCGGCCUCGGCGAUGUAUCAGGGAAAGCUAUCUCCCGCUUACAAUAUGCGAAGGGUUAAUAGCAACAAUAACAACAACCACAAAAGACGGUCUAUAGGGACCAUGUUGGAUUACGAUUAUCAAAUCAAUGAGCUCGGUAGCGACAGCAAGCAGAAGCUAUUACGUCGAAGCUUAGGCAGUGCUUACGAUCUUCCCGAUCUGAAACCGGCGAUCAACAUCAAAUUCUCAACCAUAAAAUAUACACCUUCGCAAAAGAAUUAUGAUCAAGGCUUCGACUUCGGGGACCGAUAUAAAGUCUUAUUCGAGGAACACAAUAAGUCGAUCGAGGAGAUGCAAAAAUCUAAAACCAGGGAACAAAUGAGCGUUUUUCCCGGAAGGUCAAACAAUUUAGUUGGCAGCACGUCCUCCAUAAAUACCGAUCGUACAAUACAAUCGUCGCACAUCAUAUCGGCGAUUUGGUGCAUGGAUUAUCAGGAAAAUCUCAUAGUAGUGGGAUGCGCUAAUGGCAGUCUCGAAUUCUGGGAGGGUACGACCGGUAGAUUCAAGUGUCUCUUCGAUGAUGGAUCGGGACUUGGAAUCUCCGCAGUUAAACUCAUCGGUAGCAGAGUAGUGGCAGCUAAAUUGAAUGGAGCUGUCGACUUUUUGCAACUUGAGAGUUACAGCGAAGGCCAGCAGAUUGAUUGGGGCUUUACAUCUUACAGAAGAACGCAUGUGCGAACAGGAAGCGCUGGUUCGCCCAUGGAUAUAAAUAACACCAUGCAAACAGAGGAAGACCUGCGCUGCAUGAAAAUUGGCUCUUAUAGAGCGCAUCAACAAGCGAUCACUGUUUUAGAUAGCGAAGGCGGGCGUGUAUUAACAGGCAGCCAGGAUCAUACUUUGAAAGUAUACAGGCUAGAAGAUCAGCUGCCUCUGUAUACGCUUCACGGACAUAGCGGUCCGAUAUCGUGCCUCUUUAUUGAUAGAAUAAGUCCCAUGACAUCCGGUAGUGGGUCUCAAGAUGGAUUAUUGUGUGUGUGGGAUCUUUUGACAGGAGCAUGCAUGUAUAGUAUUCAAGCCCACGAUGGUGCUGUAGCCGCUAUCACAUGUUCAGUGUCCUAUGUGAUAAGCAUCGGAACAGAUGAAAAAUUGUGUGUCUGGGAACGCUUUCAAGGACACUUAUUACAUACUUUGCCGGCACACAAAGUAGCUUAUAGCUUACAAUUAGUGAUGUUGACGCAUCAUCUCCUCAUAACUAGUAAUCAGGGAUCAUUAGUAGUCUGGGACGUAAGAACGGGCGAGCCAGUGCGAGAAGUAAGAUUGGGUCAUAAAGACAGCUGCAUUUUCGUGAAGCAAAUGUUGGCGUUGGGAGACAGCGUCGUUUGCGACUACGGUCGGCAAUUGAGAAUAGUCAGAUUUCCAUUGGUCUCUGAUAAACUGGACUAAGUUGUUUGCGCGUGUACAUAGGCGUUUUUUUUCCUUUUAAUCUAACAUUAUUUGAAGAAGUGUCUUAUGUUAUUAGUUACUACGUUUACGCGAGCGUUACUUCUGUAGUUUACGCAGAGUAUAUUAUUGUAAGUUACUACAAAAUCCCGUUUACGCGAAGAAAUUAUCGUAAGUUACUACAGAAGUAACGCUCGCGUAAACGUAGUAUGUGAAUCUUGGAAACUAGAUUUUUAUACAACAUAUAUCGCGUGUAUAUUCUAAAGAGUGAUGUAUAUUUUCGAUGUAAGUUUAUGUUAUAUUAUAAUACACGUCUUCACGGGAA